UAUAAAUUCUCUGCUAUGGUAGACCACAGCAGGGGGAGUGUAGCAAAAUGAAGGUGCUCACUGCCCUACUACUUUUGAUCUCACUGCAAUGUUCAUGCGCUGUGAGUCCCACCGACUGCAAUGCUGUUGAGCCUGAGGCUGAGAAAGCUGUAGACCUUAUCAAUAAAUGGCGACGGAAUGGCUAUCUUUUCCAGUUGCUGCGGGUCGCUGAUGCCCACUUGGACACAGUGGGAUCUGCGACUGUCUAUUAUUUAGUCUUGGAUGUAAAAGAAUCUGACUGUUGGGUCCUGUCCAGGAACCAGGAAGACUGUAUACCAGCUCAUUUUAGAAGGCCGUCUGAUAUAGUGAUUGGGCAAUGUAAGGUAAUAGUUACAAGAUAUUCAAAUGAAUCUCAGGACCUCCGAAUGAAUGACUUUAACUGCACCACCAGUUCUGUGUCUUCAGCACUGAGCAAUAACAAAGACAGUCCUGUAAUCCUGGAUUUCUUUGAGGACACGGAGCAGUACAGAAAAGAAGCUGACAAAGCCCUUGACAAGUACAAAAGCGAGAACAGUGAUUUUGCCUCUUUCAGAGUGGACCGAGUAGAGAGAGUUGCGAGAGGGAGAGGAGGGGAAAGAACCAAAUACUAUCUGGACUUCUCUGUGAGGAACUGCUCCACACAACAUUUCCCCAGACCCCCUAAAGUUUUUGGAUUCUGCAGAGCAGAUUUGUCCUAUAAUAUAGAAGCCUCUGACUUGGAAGCCCCAGAAGACCUUGAAGUAAUUUGUGAAGUCUUUAACUUUGAGGAACAUAGAAACAUCAGUGAUGUAAGACCCCAUUGGGGCCCUCCCCACCACUUUGAUGGGCAUGGACAUUCUCAUCAUCAUCCUCAGAAGCCACAUAAAUUCGGAUUCCGACCUCUCCCAGAAGGAAAAGAUAACUCUGACAGACCACCACUUCGAGAAGGAGAUUUUCCACCAUUUUUGCCACCUCCAGGAUCAAGAUGUCAUCACCCUCUUUUUGGCACCAAUGAGACCCAAAGACACCCUUAUAAUCAUAGUUUCAGUGAUCAGCAUCACCAUGGACCCCAUUCCCACGAACACGGUCCCCAUGGCCAUGGGCCCCAUAAACAUGAUCCCCAUGGGCACGGUCCUCAUGGACAGGGACCCCAUGGACAUGGGCCUCAUGGACAUGGUCCUCAUGGACAUGGACCCCAUGGACAAGGGCCUCAUGGACACGGUCCUCAUGGACAUGGACCCCAUGGACAUGGUCCUCAUGGAAACGGUUCUCAUGGACAGGGACCCCAUGGACAUGGGCCUCAUGGACAUGGUCCUCAUGGACAGGGACCCCAUGGACAUGGGCCUCAUGGACACGGUCCUCAUGGACAUGGACCCCAUGGACAUGGGCCUCAUGGACACGGUCCUCAUGGACAUGGACCCCAUGGACAUGGUCCUCAUGGAAACGGUUCUCAUGGACAUGGACCCCAUGGACAAGGGCCUCAUGGACAUGGUCCUCAUGGACAUGGACCCCAUGGACAUGGGCCUCAUGGACACGGUCCCAAUGGACAUGGACCCCAUGGACAUGGUCCCCAUGGACAUGGUCCCCGUGGCCGUGAUUUCGAUGACUAUGGACCCUGUGAUCCACCUUCCCUUGGCCAAGGUCCCCCAGAUCACCAUCACCGUGGCCAUGGCCCACCACAUAGGCACCCAGGAAAAAGAGGCCCAGGUAAAGGACACUUUCCUUUCCAUCCGAGACAAAUUGGAUCCAUUGUUCGACUCCCUCCACUAAACAUAAAUGAAGUUCUUCCUCUUCCUGAAGCCAAUUUCCCCAACUUCUCAUUGCCAAACUGCAAUAAUCGCCUAAACACGAAGAUUCAGCCCUUUCCUCCAUCAGCCUCUGAAUUGUGUCCAGGGACGUUCAAGAGUGAGUUUCCAUACCUUUCCAAGUUUUUUGCAUAUCCAUCUCCAAAAUAAAAUUUGAUUCUUUGAUGGGCAUCCUCAGAAGCCACAUAAACUUGGAUUCCGACAGAAGUAAAUCAUAUUCUAAAUUAGAGCCAUCUGUGAAAUUGCAGUUGUUUUAAUCAUACUUUUAUACUCAGGAUAGGGCAAUAUGUGGGUGUGGAAGGAAAUGGUGCAAGAAGAGACAAAUAGAUGGAAAGGUGAGGAAAGAUUUCAUGCUACAAAUCAGAAGUUAAUUAGGUCACUGGCCACUGUAUUGCUUGCAGUAAAUUUCUAAUUCUCAGAGUUUCCUUCUUUCUUGGAUUGAACUUCUCUAACUCUAGAUUGUCCAUUACUGCUUGUGCUAUGUUUAAGCAUACCAAAAAGAUAUGUAUUAUUACUUAAAGGAUUAUUAUGAAAGUGA